GCGCGGCGCCGUUUUCCGGCGGAAGUUGGUCCUCUGCCGAGCAGAAAGCAGCAUGGCUGACGAGGAGCCGAGUUUCGAGCACCUGGGCCUGGAUCCCCGUUUGCUUCAGGCGGUGGCGGCACUGGGCUGGCGGCGCCCGACUCUGGUGCAAGCCGAAGCCAUCCCUCUGGCACUGGAGGGCAAGGACCUGCUGGCGCGGGCAAGGACAGGCUCUGGGAAGACGGGYGCUUAUGCCCUGCCACUCCUGCACCGCCUCCUCCUCCUCCGCCGUGGGGGRAAAGAGGCCGCCGUGCGGGGCCUAGUGCUGGUGCCCUCCAAGGAGCUUGGGAGGCAGGCCCGGGACAUGCUCCGCCGCCUCACCACCUUCUGUGCCCGCGACAUCCGCCUCGCAGACCUCUCAGGCACCGAGGAGGCCGCUGCACAAAGGCCAGUCCUGAUGGAGAAGCCAGAUGUGGUGAUUGGAACUCCAUCUCGGGUGUUGGCCCACCUCCAGGCGCGCAGCCUGUCCCUGCAGGAGACCCUGGAGGUGCUGGUCAUUGAUGAGGCUGACCUGCUCUUCUCCUUCGGCUUCGAGGAGGACCUCAAGAGCCUGCUCUGCUAUUUACCCAAGAUCUACCAGACCUUCGUCAUGUCGGCUACCUUCAAUGAAGAUGUGCAGACGCUAAAGGAACUGGUGCUGCACAACCCUGUGACCCUCAAACUCCAGGAGUCUCAGUUGCCAGGCCCCUCCCAGCUCAGCCAGUUCCACAUCCAGUGCGAGGCGGAGGAGGACAAGUUCCUGCUCCUCUGUGUGCUGCUGAAGCUCUCACUGGUACGGGGCAAGGUCAUCCUCUUUGUAGGCUCCAUUGAUCGCUGCUACCGCCUCAAGCUCUUCCUGGAGCAGUUCAGCAUCCCAGCCUGCGUCCUCAACUCAGAACUGCCAGCUAAGUCCCGGUGCCACAUCAUCAGCCAGUUCAACAAGGGCUUCUACGAUUAUAUCAUUGCGACGGACGAGCAGGACCUGGCGGAUCCGGAGAGGCCACCGGAAGGGAAGAGGAGGAAGAGGGGCGGCAAGGGCCACAAAGGAGAGAAGACUAAAGAUCAGGAAUAUGGCGUUUCACGUGGGAUCGACUUCCAGAAUGUCUCUGCAGUCUUCAACUUCGACUUUCCUCCGUCAGUGGAGUCCUACAUCCACCGCGCCGGGAGGACGGCCCGUGUGGACAAUCCGGGUACCGUUCUGACCUUUGUCUCUCCAGCUGAGUACCCGCUGCUGGCCAACAUUGAGUCUGCGCUGACGGGAGACAGCAGCGAAACCCCCUUGCGGCCUUACCAGUUCCGGAUGGAUGAGGUGGAGGGCUUCCGCUACCGCUGCAAGGAUGCCAUGCGCUCAGUCACCAAGCAAGCCAUCAAAGAAGCCCGUCUUCGGGAGAUCAAGGAGGAGCUGCUCAACUCUGAGAAGCUGAAGACCUACUUUGAGGACAAUCCCCGGGAUUUGGACCUGCUCCGCCAUGACAAGCCCCUUCACCCGGCUGUGGUCAAGCCCCACCUGCGCAAUGUACCGGAAUACCUGGUGCCCCCCACCCUCCGGUCUGUUGCCCGGCCGUUCCUGAGGAAGCACCAGCGGCAGAAGCGGAUCCCCCCGCGCAGCAACAAGGGCCAGAAGAACCCCCUGCGCAGCUUCAGUUUCAAGAAGCGGAGGCCGAGGACGCCAGCCACCAAGUCCAAGGCAACUCCUUCGGGCUCUUAAAUUCCCUGCCUUGAUGACCAGGACUGUGGGGCAAGGGACGUAGCUUAUGGGAGGAAGGACUGUGACGCCCUCCUCAACUGCCCACAAACAGUCAGCCUGGACUGGGCCUCUUUUGCCUCAGAGAGAGACUGAAGCAGCAGCAGCAUUGUCUAUCCUUCCAAGGCCUUUGAGCACCAGGGACUUCGCUGCAUUAACAAGACUUCUUCCUGGUUCAUGGUGUUUGGCUACUACUUGUAUUUGCUGCCUGGUGUGGGGGGAGAGUGCCUUCCUGGCUCUCCAUUCAGUGCCCAAGAUGCUUGGGGAUUGUGGGGAGGAGCCCUCUUUCAGCCUGCACCUGGCAAAAUGGCCACAUGGAGGGACUGAGCCCCCGGUCCUCCCUUCUACCCUUGUGCCUGUUUUCUGCAAGCCAUGCCUUGUGUCCGAGGAUGCCCAUUGAGAAGUCUCCUGCUGAAGGGGUGAAGGGGUCCUCCUACAAUCCCAUUGAAGGCCGGAGUCCCCCUCUGCUGAAGAGCAAUAUGAAAGGAAGGACACCACAAAAUUAAAUCUCCAACUGCAGAAGUUGUUUAUUGCGGGUCAUAGCAAUCAUGAUAAAACACAGAAAUGCAAUCAAAAGGUUUUGUCGCACCCAAAA